UGCUUUAAUGGAUGGAUGUGUGUUUUUUUUUCCUCUCUAACAAGGUUGAAAUAUCAGAGAGACAGAUGUCGCCCGUCCUGGGUGGUUUAAUCAGCGACUCCCACACGGCCAGUCUCCUUUAUCUGGACUGCGUUCGUGCUUAAAGUGGCCUGUGUGUGUUUAAACGGUAAUAACGCUGAACUGCUGCUGCUCCUCUGCUGCUGUUGUUGUUAGCUGGGCUGGCUAACUCCAGCAGCUCCAUUAACAAGGGCUUAUUAUGUUCCUCUGAAGCAGCUCUCCUGAAGACCUCUGCCCGUAUAGUACUCACUGUAUUGCCUGUGCCGUCCGUUUGCGCUUGUUCGCUAGGCUUGGCGCUGUAACCUUGAGAGAAAGCAGCCUGUAAGUGAGUGAAGGUAAGUUAGUGAAUCAGGUUAGUGAGUUAGUUUAGCUGUGUUGCCCAGGAAGGAUGAGCAGGAAACACCACCAGUUCAAAGGAGCUGAAGUGAGCUGCUGUGUCAAAUACUUUUUAUUCGGAUUCAACAUCAUAUUCUGGUUGCUGGGAGCGGCGUUCCUGGGCAUUGGACUCUGGGCAUGGGCUGAAAAGGGAGUGCUGUCCAACAUCUCGUCCAUCACAGACCUGGGGGGGUUCGACCCCGUGUGGCUCUUCAUCGUUGUGGGAGGGGUCAUGUUCAUCCUGGGCUUCGCCGGCUGCAUCGGGGCGCUCCGUGAAAACACAUUCCUGCUCAAAUUCUUCUCAGUCUUUUUAGGGCUCAUCUUUUUCCUGGAGCUGACUGCUGGAAUACUGGCCUUCGUGUUUAAGGACUGGAUCAAGGACCAGCUGAACUUCUUCAUCAACAACAACGUUAAAGCGUACCGGGAUGACAUUGACCUGCAGAACCUUAUUGAUUUCGCCCAAGAAUAUUGGCUGUGCUGCGGUGCUCAUGGACCAAACGACUGGAACCAGAACAUUUACUUCAACUGCACGGAGCUAAAUCCCAGCCGGGAGCGCUGCGGAGUGCCUUUCUCCUGCUGCAUCAAAGACCCUGCUGGGGACGUCCUGAACACCCAGUGUGGCUAUGAUGUGCGGCUUCAAGGAGAACUGGCUCAACAGGAGUUCAUCCACACAAAAGGAUGUGUGGGGCAGUUCGAAAAGUGGCUUCAGGAGAAUUUGAUUGUCGUUGCUGGCGUCUUCGUCGGUAUUGCACUACUACAGAUCUUCGGCAUCUGUCUGGCCCAGAACCUUGUGAGUGACAUCAAAGCGGUCAAAGCCAACUGGUGACCCUUGGCUGACAUGGAGAGGUUGAAGUUGACCUCUGCGGGCAACCUUCGUGACCUCUCAUGUCGUGUCGGUUGCGAAAGAGCACUGUUUACAUGCCCACAGAGUGGAGACCCCACUCCCAGCUGUUCUCUGGAGCUUUAUGUAAGCUGGUGUUACAAAAAAAGUGACACACUCUCUCUCUUUCUCUCUCUCUCUCUCUCUCUCUCUCUCCCCCUCUCUCUCUCUCUCUCUGUCUCUCUCUACCACAUCUGUCGCUUUUCUUUUUUUUGUUUUAUGCAAGCUCUUACAAAGAGCUCCCCUAUGGAAAUGAAAGGCAGCGGAGGUGGAGCCUCUAUAUCAUCUACAUUAGCCACUCAGAAACGACCACUUAUCCUCCUUCCAUCAACCUGUGGAAAGCCGUCCUGGUCCUAUGCACCUGCAGAAGACUGACUAUUGAAGCUCACUCGAGACUUUUAAAGCUCAAAGGGUGAGAAAGAAUGGAGCUAUAUCAAGCCUUACAGCAAUGCACGUCAUCGGGAGGGGGGGAUUCUCUUUUUUUCAAGCAUUUACCUGUCCUUCUGGCUGUCAGUCAAGUUGAUUGACAGGUGGACCUUUGACCGUUGACCCUGACCGUGCUCCUGUUGCACAGAGCCGUCCGGCCAGAGACUUUGUACUUGAAAACUGACACAAUGCAUUUAUUUUUGAGAGUUCUACCACUACACUUGGGGCAAUGGAGGAAGUUUGUGCGUUUGUACAGCUGUGUGUUUCUUCUCGAUUUAUUUUUGUUAUAUAUAUAUAUAUAUUUUUUUUUUUUUGCAGUCAGAUCCUCUGCAGCAAGGAGAGAUUUUUCUGAAUUAUCAUCUGCCGUCUGAGUUUUUUUUUUGUAUGUAAUAUCUUUUUUGUCGAUUGUUUGGCUAGAAAAAUAGUAGAGAUAUGCUAUAACUUCAUUAGAAAACAUUAAACAAAUCCUGUUACGAUAUGAACGAUGCUGCUUUUAACUCUCACGAUUUAUAGACCUGCUACACUAACCCAGAGAAACUGACAGAACCGAAACGGAGAGUCCACUGACACAACAAGAGCCACUUCAUGUUCAGGGUUACUGCCGCCUGCUCUGCUUAUACACGUGACCACACGCACACCUGCGUCUGAGCAUGAAAGCAUUCCUCCAGAAUCAGCUCACGCCUUCUGUGUUAGUGCUUAUUAGGUGCUAUUGAUCCAUAAGCCCAGUUCAUGCUCAUCUGAUGAAACCGGAUUGUUCUAAAAUAAGCAUCCUAUGAGUAGAAGAAUGUCAGAAGUGCAUUAUCGUCAUGUGGAUUGCCGAAUCGAUUGAGAAGGUGAAUUUAAGUCAGUUAUAUUGUUAAAUUGAGUAAUUAUAACAGCUCUGAAAGUGUCAUACCCCUUUAUAAACCUUAUUAUGCUUGCUGAGUUGCGUUGAUUGGCCGAGCUGCUGAUACAGUACAAACCUACAAAUUUCUGAAAUGCGUUUUCAAAAAGCAAGAGGCUCAAGUAAGUUGUAAGCUUGAAUGCUAAUUGGCUAGCAAAAAAAAAAAAAUAUG